AGAAGCUCGUCACGAACAAGUGGCGGUCAAAAUGAAAACAAACCGACCAAGUUUUAUUUUUUACCUUUUUUAUUCUGUACGAUGAAUUAAAAAAAGCUAACAAUGGCGUCUCGAGCACUGAAGCGAGCCGGUGUGUCCCCUGAGUUAUGUCAGCAACUUAAACGAAGUAAAAUAGAAAGUUGUAAGGAACUGCUGUCUCGCUCGCCUUUUGAAGUGAUGCGUGCUGCUGGUUUGAGUUACCAGGAUGCUUUAGAGAUGUUGGUAUCUGUGAGCAGAAUCAUUGCUCCCUCACCCAUUACGCGAUCGACGGCGCGACGAAGGACUUCACCCGAUCACAGAUGCGGUUGGCGGCUAGCAUCGGCUAGCGCGGCUGCUAUCCAAGCUUUGGAGUUGUGGAAGCGUCACUCAGAGUCUUGUUUCUCAACAUCACUACCAGCUUUGGACAAAGUGCUGAGGGGAGGCCUUCCCUGUGGGAAUAUCACUGAGGUGGCGGGGCCAUCUGGCUGUGGGAAGACACAAUUCUGUUUAAUGCUGAGUGUUUUGGCCACUCUGCCAAAGGAGCUGGGUGGCCUGGAUCGCAGUGUAAUCUACAUUGACACGGAGUCAGCGUUUUCUGCUGAAAGGCUGGUGGAGAUCGCACAGAACAGGUUUAGAGACCGCUUCUGCUCAAAGGAGAAAGUCUUGGAGAUGGCAGGCAGGGUCCAUGUCUACAGGGAUCUCACCUGCCAGGAUGUCCUUAACAGACUGGAGAGACUGGAGGAGAUCAUCAUCUCAACCGGAGCAGGUCUGAUCAUACUGGAUUCAGUGGCUUCUGUGGUGAGAAAGGAGUUUGACACAACAUUGCCUGGCAAUUUGAUACAUCGUAGCAACAUGCUGGGAAAAGAAGCAACCACGCUGAAAUAUCUGGCUCAUCAAUUCAACAUCCCUGUGGUCCUGACCAACCAGAUCACCACUCAUAUUGGACACCAAGAUUCUCGUCCUGCUGCUGAGAAGGAUGGUGGCUUUGUGACGACAGCUUUAGGAAACACGUGGAGUCACAGCAUCAACACCCGUUUUAUUGUGCAGUAUAUGGCUGGAUGUCAGAGACAGCUUUUGGUUGCCAAGUCCCCCGUGGCUCCCUUUGCUGUGCUCAACUAUGUAAUCCAGAAGGAAGGAAUCCAUAUAGUUGAAAACGAUGGUGAGGACAUCUUGUAUGAGGGCAUGGAUCCCAGCCUCCAGCCUAUUAGGGUGAGAACUGAGCUCAACAUAGAUUCGAACUGACUCCAUUGUACUAAACCAAAAGCGUAGUGGAAAUUCUUGGAAGCUGUUUGACUCUUUAGUGUUUUGUCUAGAUCAUUUUGAUUCUAUAUUCACCAUAGAAAAUAAAGGAAAUCGAAGUAUUCUGUUCCAAACAUUAUUUUUUGUCAACAUACAACUUUUAAAUUCAGGCUAAUAUUAGCCUCUUUGAACGGUACAACUAGUAUUAAAUGUAGACAAAACAAAAAUACCGUAAGUGUUUAUGGUUGUGAAUCUCGUCUUACCUUUGCUGUUUCCUCUUAAUAAACCUCCUUUUUGUGUUAGUCAAUUCUUUAUUGUUACGCUGAAAUGAUUUCCACCACAAACAAUGACGCUUGAUUAAAACUAACUUCCUGUGA